AUGUUCGCCCAUUUACAGUCUAAUCAUAAAAGAAUUAGUUUUGUGAAGGCUAAUGAGGAAGAACUGAAGUCGAUUGAGGACAAGAAUGAAUCCAAUUUGGAUGGAACCGAAGUGCGGGCAUUUUAUGAGAGUGUAAUUCAAGAGACAUCUUCAAGUAGGUUUCUUUUUCUGGUUUGGAUUUUAUCGAGGGGUUAUAAUUACUCUUUGUGUGGUAUAAGGUGAUGUGAGUGCGUUAUAAUAUUUUUAGAUAGGCCUCCUGAACAAGCGCUAAUCUGUAAAUCUUCAAAUCAAACAAGCAUUCAUCGAAGAACACACGUGACGAAGAAGCCGACUGAUAAGGAAAAAUUAAACUUUUCUGAUAGAGAUAUUCGUCUCUUCCUGAAGGCUGUAAACGACAAUGAAAUUCAAAAAGUGAGCGAAUAUCUGGCCAAAGGAAUUGAUCCAAACAGUAAAGAUUGCCACAACUGGUCAGCGCUGAUGAUAGCUGCGGCCGAGGGUCAUGCAGAGAUGGUGGAGAUGUUAUUGGAGAAUGGGGCUAAUGCUGGUCAUAAAUGCGGGAAAUUUGAUUCGAUAUCCUUGGCCAGGACGAAGCGGAAACCGGAAAUAGCAGACAUGAUAGACAGUUACAGGUAAGGGAAACCGGGUGAUUCAAUAUAGAUGACACCAUCGAUCUUUAAGAACAUGUUCUUAUCAGUCGUAUUAUUAGAAUUGAAGGUGGUCUGACCCUUUAUGGCCUUUGGAAAUCGAUGCACUUCGAAGGAGCCAUUUGAAAAGUUUUUACUUUUGGAGAACUGAUGACAUAAAACAAAUAUGUGAUACUCACGUGAUGACUAUUUUUUUUCAGAAACCCUAAAGAACAAGAUCCCGGGCCUUCAUCGUCAAACGAGAAGUAUUAUUGCGAACUUUGUGAGAUCACCUAUUCUGAGGAUGCGCAUGAGACGUCGAUUGUUCACAUUGUCAACAUGAAACGACGCCCGAAUAAGGGAUUUGCUUACGAUAUUCCCAUGAGUAAUUUUGGAUAUGGAUUACUCAAAAAGAAAGGUUGGACUGAGGAAUCGGGGCUUGGAAAAGAAGGAGAAGGAAGACAAUAUCCGAUAAGGACUAUAUUGAAAAGGGAUAGAAAAGGAUUGGGAGUUGAAAAACUUCCCUCGAAAGUCACCCACUUCAAAAGUCUUGAUCCUGCUGCCGUGAAACUCGUAGAGAAGAAACCAAGAGGAUCUCACAUUAAGGAGAUGCAUAGGCAAAUCGACCGAAGGAAGAAACGGGAAGAAUCCAUCAGGAGGAUGCUAAACUCUGAUUGA